CUCUUUGGCGUGACGUCACCCGCUUCCAAGCCGGAAGAAGCGCGCAUUCUUCGCGUCGAGCUUCCGGUCGUGUCGCUUGCGGCCAGCGACGGAGUCGGACGGAAAGUGCCUUUUGUGACGCAAAUGGGUGAGGAAAAGGAAUCUUGGAAAGUGAAAACGUUAGAUGAGAUUCUUCAGGAGAAAAAGCGCCGGAAAGAACAAGAAGAGAAAGCCGACACCAAGCGCCUCAAAAAUUCUGAUGAUCGGGAUUCAAAGCGCGAUUCCCUUGAAGAGGGAGAAUUGAGGGAUCACCGCAUGGAGAUCACGAUCAGGAAUUCGCCUUACCGCAGAGAGGAUUCUAUGGAGGACCGGGGAGAGGAGGACGACUCCCUGGCCAUCAAACCCCCGCAGCAGAUGUCGCGAAAGGAGAAGGCCCAUCACCGGAAGGACGAGAAGCGGAAAGAGAAGCGGCGGCAUCGCAGCCACUCCGCAGAAGGGAAGCACGUGAGGGUGAAAGAGAAGGAGCGCGAGCACGAGCGUCGGAAAAGGCACCGCGAAGAGCAGGACAAGGCCCGCCGCGAGUGGGAGAGGCAGAAAAGGAGGGAGAUGGCGCGGGAGCAUUCGCGGAGAGAGAGGGAUCGCCUGGAGCAGCUGGAGCGGAAGCGGGAGCGAGAGAGGAAAAUGAGGGAGCAGCAGAAAGAGCAGCGGGAAAUAAAGGAGCGGGAGAGGCGAGCGGAGGAGAGGCGGAAGGAACGGGAAGCCAGGCGAGAGAUUUCAGCGCAUCACCGAACGAUGAGAGAAGAAUACGGGGAGAAGAUCCGGAUCUGGAGCCGCAGCCCUCUGAGACAACAGCGGGAGAAGCUGGAGCAGGGAGAGAUCCGAAAGACAGUGAAGGAGGAGAAGCCGGAAGAGCGGGACCCGCUUUCAGAUCUGCAGGACAUCAGCGACAGCGAGAGGAAAACAAGCUCGGCUGAGACGUCAUCAGGGGAGUCCGCCUCCGGCUCAGAAGAGGAGGAGGAGGAAGAAGAGGAAGAGGAGGAGGAGUCGAGUAGCGAAGAAUCCGAAGAGGAGGAGGAAGAGGAGGAAGAGGAAGACGAGGAGACGGGAAGCAACUCCGAAGAAGUGUCUGAGCAGUCGGCUGAAGAGGUGAGCGAAGACGAAAUGAGCGACGAGGAGGAAAGGGAGAACGGAGACCACAUCCCAGUUGGGGAGUCCGCCUCCGGCUCAGAAGAGGAGGAGGAGGAAGAAGAGGAAGAGGAGGAGGAGUCGAGUAGCGAAGAAUCCGAAGAGGAGGAGGAAGAGGAGGAAGAGGAAGACGAGGAGACGGGAAGCAACUCCGAAGAAGUGUCUGAGCAGUCGGCUGAAGAGGUGAGCGAAGACGAAAUGAGCGACGAGGAGGAAAGGGAGAACGGAGACCACAUCCCAGUUGUUACAGAGUCGAGGUUUGACCGGGAUUCUGCUGGGAGCGAAGGCGAGGAGGAGGACCCCGGGGACGCGACCCCGCAGUCAAACGCGAUGACGGAAGGGGAAUACCUCCCCGAAUCGCCAAUGUCGUCGCCGGUCGAGCUCAAGCAAGAGCUGCCCAAAUACCUCCCGGCCCUUCAGGGAUGUCGCAGUGUGGAAGAGUUUCAGUGCCUGAACCGGAUUGAGGAAGGAACGUACGGAGUUGUUUACAGAGCCAAAGACAAGAAAACAGAUGAGAUUGUGGCCCUGAAGCGGCUGAAGAUGGAGAAGGAGAAAGAAGGCUUCCCCAUUACCUCCUUGAGGGAAAUCAACACCAUCUUGAAAGCUCAGCACCCAAACAUCGUCACCGUCAGGGAGAUUGUGGUUGGGAGCAACAUGGACAAGAUCUACAUUGUGAUGAAUUACGUGGAACAUGAUCUCAAGAGCCUCAUGGAGACCAUGAAGCAGCCGUUCCUACCAGGUGAAGUGAAAACCCUGAUGAUCCAGCUCUUGCGGGGCGUCAAACACCUUCACGACAACUGGAUCCUUCACCGGGAUUUGAAAACCUCCAACUUGCUGUUGAGCCACGCCGGCAUUUUGAAAGUAGGAGACUUUGGCCUGGCCCGUGAAUAUGGUUCCCCUCUGAAGCCGUACACUCCCGUUGUGGUGACGUUAUGGUACAGGGCGCCGGAACUGUUGCUUGGAGCCAAGGAAUAUUCCACAGCGAUUGACAUGUGGUCGGUGGGCUGCAUCUUUGGAGAGCUCUUGACCCAGAAGCCGCUCUUUCCAGGGAAGUCCGAAAUUGACCAAAUCAACAAAGUUUUCAAGGACCUGGGGACCCCCAGUGAGAAAAUCUGGCCCGGGUACAACGAACUGCCGGCCGUGAAGAAGAUGACCUUCACGGAGUAUCCGUACAACAACCUCCGCAAGCGGUUUGGGGCCCUCCUUUCCGACCAAGGCUUCGAUCUGAUGAACAAGUUCCUGACCUACUUCCCAGGCAGAAGGAUCACGGCCGAGGAUGGCUUGAAGCACGAGUAUUUCCGGGAGACGCCGCUGCCCAUCGAUCCCUCCAUGUUCCCGACGUGGCCGGCCAAAAGCGAGCAGCCCAGAGUGAAACGGGGAACGAGCCCUCGGCCGCCGGAGGGGGGCUUGGGAUACAGCCAGCUGGGCGAUGACGACUUGAAAGAUACCGGCUUCCACCUGACCACCACAAACCAAGGGGCGUCGGCCGCAGGACCGGGCUUCAGCCUCAAGUUUUGAGCGUGUAAGGCCGCUCGGCCAUCUUUGUUUCCGCAAAGAAAGGACCGCUAAAGGCCAGCCGAUGCUUUGCUCUCCUCCUGAGGGGUUGGUAUGGCUCACCCGAAGGGUGCGCUUCUCCUCCCUCGUCCAUUUCAAGGACUGGAAUUUAUCCAAAACUCCGAAAUCCUUUUUGCACAAAACAAAAUCCCAGGACAUUUCUGGAUCUGUUUUCCUCCCUUUGGUUGUUAAUCUUUCAAAGCUGGGGGUUUUGUUUGUUUGUACAUUUGUAGAAUAAAAACAAAAACAAAUGGAUUUUUAA